UGUUACAAGCUCCCCGCCGCAAUCCUGAAACUUGCUCUCUUUAAGAGUAAAAAACUCAUAACAAAAAAUCUAGCAUGUAGCUUUUCUAAAGUAUGGGUUACGUGCAAUCAAAGGCUCGUAAAUCCCCGAUCAAAAGCACAAAUCCUUCACCGUGUUCGGACAAUGAAAACUUUGAAGAACUUAAUCACCAAGGAACCGUUAAUGACCAAGAUCACUGCAGGCACCCAACUAAACCAUACUCGACGACUCCAGAAAGACAAAUCCCUCAUCCUAAAACACAACUCAGUCAAUCAGCGCGCCAAGGUGAGAGAGAACUACAUUCGCUCGAUGCAAACAACACUCAAACAAAUGUUGGACCGCAGAGGGAUUUAGGAAAACGGCCUAAGCGAACACGCGUGCAGGCGACGUGUCGUCCAUGUCUCAGACUUACAAUUAGAGUACUUCGUGGGCAUAAUAUAACUCUAGGCGGCCUAGAUGACAUGCUUGAUACUCCUGAUCCUUACGUCAAGUUACUUAUACCAACGUCACCAAACGGCAGACGGAGAACCAAGGUUCAGAGAAAUACCUCUAAUCCAGAAUGGGAUGAAAUGUUCCAGUUUUUUCUUGACCCGGAGAAAACGAAUUUGCUACAAAUAACACUGUUGGACUCUGACACGGUACAUGACGAUUUGGUCGAAAAAGAAAUCUUCGACCUUGGAACCCUGAAGCUUAACGAGAUUCAUCAGAAGACGUUCACGUUUCGGGAGGUGUCUAAAGUUGACGUGGAGUUGAGGGUGGAAAUUUGCAAUUCAAGUGCAGACAUGCGUUACAGCAUGGAACUUUGCGAUGAGGAAAAGAAAUUUCUUCUGAAAAGAAAGCAGUUUGUUUUUGACUCAAUGAAAACAUUUCUCGGUGAACGUGGGCCCCAAACAAUUGAUGAAGUUCCCACGGUCGCUAUUCUGGGGUCUGGUGGCGGGUUUCGUGCCAUGGUGUCUUCGAGCGGUGUGUUCUGUGCUUUGAAGGACAUGGGUGUGUUAGACUGUACUAUGUAUGCAGCUGGACUGUCAGGUUCAGCGUGGUAUCUGUCCACUUUAUAUUCUCACCCUGAUUGGCCGUAUGUUCAUCCGAGAGUGAUCCGCAAAACACUGCAAGAAAACAUUAAUGAUAACUGGAUGUGGCUGUUGAUAACGCCAUCUUGGAUGUACAGACAUCUCAAGAUUAUUAAAGAGAAGAACCGACGUGGACAGCCAGUCAGUUUUACUGACUUCUUUGGUUAUUUGGUCGGCGAAACGAUCCUAAAGGAUAGAGAUGACAUUCCGAAACUAAGUCAACAUCGGAAGAAAAUCCAAGAAGCCAUGGUACCAUUUCCUCUGUACACCUGUGUACACGUGAAAAAAGACGUCUCUGCCAGGGAAUAUUGUGAAUGGCUGGAGUUUUCUCCGUACGAAAUAGGCAUAGCAAGGUAUGGGACUUUCAUGAGGACCGAAUGCUUUGGUAGCAAGUUUUUUUGUGGUAAACUUGUGGCUCCGUACCCUGAACCUCCACUUCACUAUUUACAAGGUAUAUGGGGCAGCGCAUUCACUAUACUGCUGCAGCGCGUUCUCUGUGAAGGUAGAAUCCCGGAUGACACAAUCGCAGAGAUGAGCAAUCGUGGAGACCUGAGAAAGGAAUUAAGGGAAAUGAUUGACAAUCAAGAUGGACCUGAUGACAUGGAUAGUGAGAGUGAAAACGAAGAAGAUGAUGAUGAUGCCACAGAUGGAAACAUGCCCGAGAACAACACAAUCAAUGAAACUAAGGUCAAAGAUGAGGAGGAAAAAGGUUUCUUUGGUCGGUUCUUUGAAGUUCUUGUAGAAAAACUAGCCGUAUUUAGAACACGCACUGGCCGAGCAGGACUGGUACAUAAUUUUCUUCGCGGUCUUCAAGUCUUAACAGCAUCAAUUCUGUCAGGAGAAGAUGUUGAAGAUGGUAUGACCAAAGCUGCUGACGAGUUAGCUUUUAAUUCUCGUCAUAUCUACUUGGUUGACAGCGGGCUCGUGUUCAACUCACCCUUCCCUCCCCUACUGCGAGCAGAACGCAAAGUGGAUGUGUUUAUAUCUUUUGACUUCAGUAUACGAAAGAGAGAAGUCGAAUUUCCUUUUGAGGAGCUUUUAUUGGCAGAAAAAUGGGCCCGAGAGAACAAUUUGAAAUUCCCUCCCAUUCCAGCAGGAUUGCAGUAUAAAAAACACGGCAUAAAAGAGUUUUAUGUAUUUCGUGAUCUUAACGAUCCAACUUGCCCAAUUCUAAUCCACUUUUUGCUGGCAAAUAAAACUUUCAAGGAGGAAAUUAGACCAGGCAUAUUUCGCAGUACAGAAGAGGAAAUAGCCUACGCCGACUUUUCACUUUUCGAGGGUCGCCAUAAUCCUUAUAGCACGUUCAACUUCCACUAUCGGGAAAAAGAGUUCAGCCGCCUGGCGGACCUGAAUGAAUUUAACACAUUACUCGGUGAAAAAACCAUUAGAGACAUUAUGGCGGAAUGUGUAGAGAGAAGGCGUCAACUUUCAGUGGAAUCAUCGUGAUUUGAUAGAACGUUAGACUCGGUAUGAUUUUUUUUGCGAUGUUAAUGUGAGUUUUGCCAAGCCGUUUAGUUUAUUGAUGCCUCAACGAAAAACUCUCUCUACCGAGGAGCAUAAAAGUGAGUUUGUGACAACCAUGGCGUGAAUUUCCUUCAAUGGCUAGCAUUCAUCCGGAGAAGGAAGAGCAUCGAAUCUUCUGACUUGUUUUUUGCCAUGGAAACAAUCGAUAGAUAUGCAUCACAUCGUUAACCCAAUAGACUUGUUUAAAAGGCAACACCCUAUUAGUGCACAUGCGUCAGCCACAGUUUUAAAAGGGUUAUGGGCAAUUCUUGUAGAAAUACAACGAGUAAAGGCCGUUCUGCGAGAGAACAAUUAUCCAAUGACUUUUAUACGGAACUGUGAGAGAGUCAUGAUUUAAACAACCCGCCCAGACCAACUUCAAUGGCUUUGUAGUGCUGCCGUAUGUACAGGGUGUUUCCGAGAAAAUAAGUUGCAUAUUGCGGAAACAACAAAAGGUCAAAGUAACCUACAAACCACAACAAACAAUCAACAGCAUUUUUCCACGCCCUAAGGAGCGAGACGAACCUGACCGCCUGAAGUCAGGCAUGGUGUACAAAAUCAAUUGCACACAGUGUAAUUUUAAGUACUAUGGCCAAACAAAAAGGUCAUUAAAGAUCAGAAUUGCGGAGCACAAAAAGGUUUUGACUUAAGCUCCGAAGUCGCAAGCCAAGUCCACCUUUUCGACCAUAACAUGGACUUUACAGACGUCAGGGUCGUUGGUUUCGAAUCUAAUUACUACGAGAGACUUUUCCCUGAAGCCUGGCACUCUACUUUGGAUCCGAAUCGGCUGGGAACGAUCACAUCGUACUUCCAGAAGCCUAUAAAGACCU